AUUUAUUUAUUGUCUUUUGUAAGGAAUCUGCAUUUUUUUCAAGCUAAGAUCUCUCUUCAAGUUUGUGGCUGUGACAUACCAAUAUGCCUAGCUUAAAAAAUAAAUCUUUACAUUAUAAUGAUUUUACAACCGACCACCUUCUUGACAUAAACCUUUGGAAAUUCUGUUAUCGCUGUUGUUGCUAUCAAAGCUAUUCUUAUCCCUUAGCAUUUAAUUUCCACAGGGGAAUAUGAAUUGGUAAUAUCAGUCAGCGCGCGCGCGUCGUCAAGGUCGAGCGUGUGCAUAGUCUCCGUUUGCGCCGGCGUCGCUAAUCGUAUUGUGACAAUGGCUUCGAAUGUUAUGAAAUGUACGGGUUGUAACCUGGUGAUAUGUGAAGUGUUGGCUUUUGUAAAAAACAAACUUGAUGUGAUGGACGAAGACAGUUUAAGUAAAAUAUGUGUUACGGCGUUUUCGCCAGAAGAGCUUCUUAGUGCAAAGAAAUUGUUAUUUGACUCCAUACCGACGGGAAAGCGGCCAAAAGUACAUAAAGGAGAUAAGAAAACACAACGGGACAUAGAGGAUAUUAUCAUGCUUCUAAAGCAGACUGAUCCGGAAAAUAUUCCUAUUUUUGUGGCCCGUGAUCUUCACAAACUACCGCCAAUUACGUUCGACCACGUAGAUGUGACCCGACUACUUAAAGAUAUAUUGGUGCUGAAGGAAGAACUUAUAGCAGUAAAGGGCAGCUAUGUCACAAUGGACACCUUCAAUAUAUUACAAAGUCAAGUUGAGGCAUUAAAACCCCCGAAAGUUGGAAGCGGAAUUAGUGACGAUUUUUGCAACAUAAAUAUGAGGAGAGGAGGUCAUCGUUUAAACGAUUAUCACUAUGAAAGUGGGCCGAUGGGUAUACAUCAUUUCCCAGAGUCUAGUCCAAAUGGUGACGAUAAUAGUACAAUAAUUAAUACAAGACCACCUGACCAAUCGUUUGUAAAUUCAUACAGAGACAUUAUCUGUACAAACGUGAGUCAUAACCGUAACGGACAAAACGAAGAUAAGUCAAGUGCGCCUUCAAUACCGCGAACGUCGGAUCAGGUGGUCAGUACGAUGAUUGCGACGACUAACGGUAAGGACUGCAUUCCAAGUGAUGCGCAAACAAAACAGCAAAUGACACCGUGCACUAUUGCGAGUACAAUGGAACCGAUGACACAUACAGUUACCGCUAUUGCGCACUCAUCACAGCGUAUGUGCCAACAAGAUUCCUGUUCGUUAGCUGAAGUUGUAAAGGCGCCUGGUGAAUGGAAAGCUGAAAGUUUAUCUGAAGAAUGGAAAACAGUUCAAAAGAAAAGGCUGAGAAACAGAAUCGUUAACAGAAUUGUGGGCAAAAAAGGGAUCGCAACUACAGAGCCCGACGGAAAGUUUAGAGCAGCUGACAUAAAAAUACCAUUGUUUAUUUACAAUGUAGACAAGUCUACUACCGUGAAUGAUAUAAUGUCACAUGUAUACAGCAAGUCGCAAAUUAAUAUUACGCUGCAGAAACUGGCCCUUAAGAACGACAGAGGAUAUAAUGCGUACAAAAUUUUUGUACCUAAACACAAGUUGGAUAUAUUCCUAAAUGAAAAUUUUUGGCCUGAAGGUGUAUUGUUUAGGCGUUUUGUGGACUUCACAAGAUCCAAAAUGAAAAAUAUGGCGGAACAAGAACAAAAUGGAUAGUACACCGGAAAAACAGCGGUGGACCUAUCGUCGGGAGUGCUGCGUGGUCGGCCGUACGGUGGCGUGGCGAUCCUGUGGCGAUGAUGAAAUGAACUGCCUCCCAGAUAUGUUCCCGUCCAAUCAAAAACCUGCACCUGAGAAAUCUGAUAGAUCUGUAAGAAUAAGUUCCACACCCUCUCCUCCUAAAAGCAAACAGAAUACAGUAAGUCCAGAAAAAGAAAAGAAUUUAAAAACUCCAGACAAAAUAAGCCCACAGAGAGACAAAGAUCCCUUGAAGAACUUGAGACUUGAUGACUCAAUAUCUAAGUUUUUGAACAAAGUAUCACAAAAUCCAGCAUUGAAGAAGUUAAAGGAUAAAAGUGCCUUAAAACACCAAGAAAUAGACAACUGCAAAACAAUGUAUAUAGAACUCUUAGAGAAAAUAAGCAAUGCCUUCGACAGAAUUCCAAACUGCAUCAAAGAGAAAUUUCCUGGUUAUGACAGCAGAACAUAUGCUAAACUGAAACAUUUGAAAACUAAAUUAAAGGCCGCAAUAGAGCAAAAACCUGAAGAAGAAGAAUUAACACAAGUAAUAGACUCUCCAGUCAACGACGAUAAUGAUUAUAAAACAAAUGGUUAUGAAAGUCCCUCACUGUUAAACAGUAAUGAUGAUUUAAAUGACUUUGAUCUUGAAACCAAUCACAUUCGUGGCACCAAGCAUUUAAAUACUGAUACACUUAAUAAAACGGAUAUGAAAACAUCAACACCUGAUCCCAUCAAUUUCGACAGACUGCCUAGCACAAGCAAGAAUAUAUACUCAGACUUGAUAGCUAAGAAAUCUUUAUCAUUUGAUGCAUUUUCACCUUGUAACUCUACUGUGAAUUUGGAAAGUAAAAAUUCGGGAAUUUUAGAUUUAGAUACACCAGAAGCAAAUAAAAGCAAAGGCAAAUUUGUAUUUAAAAAACCUUCAAAGACAGCGGAAGAACUUAGCAGUAAAUCCACGCCAGCGAGGGAUGUUCCUUCUAAUACUUUGGAAAGACUGAAGAAUGCUUCAGAGAAAUUGAAGCCACUAGUUGACAAGCAACCAACUAAAAUAACUCCGGUGGGCAACAGCUCUGUUCAAUUCCAACCUCCACAGUUUAGUAAAAGUUCGUUGCUUAAUUUGAAUAAACCUUGCACAAUAGUUUCUCCUAUAGUCAAAGAUGAUUCAGUAUCAGAAUAUGAGGAAGAAGAUUAUGAAGUCCCAGUAGAUAUGGAGGAAGAUGUGGACUUGUUAACACAGACUAGAGAUAGUGUUAUAAAUAUCAGUGAUUCGAAUGCUAGCUCGAAUAUUGAACUGAUUAAUAAUAAAGAGAUUCCAAUAGAUGAUGAUGGCUGGCCCGAGUAUAGGAUUGAAGAUUUUGAGGAUGAUUUUGAGCUGGCUAGCAAAGAGAAAGAUAAUGAUGUGAUCAAUUUGAUGGAGCAGACUGUGAUCAGUGAUGAUAAGAAGCCUAAGUAUGAAGGGAUGGGAGAUUUUCAUGCUGGCACAAAGAAUGAUGGAAUUACCGGGGAAUUCGACGGUUUAAAUUACCCGCACUCGGAGCUCAUGAUGGAGAUGUUCAAGGAAAAGUUUGGUCUGAAGACGUUCCGCCCCAACCAGCUGCAGGUCAUCAAUGCUACUCUAUUAGGCAACGAUUGCUUCGUGCUCAUGCCUACAGGAGGGGGUAAAUCCUUGUGUUACCAACUGCCUGCAGUGCUGACCCCUGGGGUCACCAUAGUGGUGUCUCCGCUGAAGUCGCUCAUCUUGGACCAGGUCAACAAGCUGCUCUCGCUCGAUAUCCCCGCCGGCCACCUGUCGGGCGACGUGUCGGCGGCGGCGGGCGCGGACGUGUACCACAAGCUGUCGCUGCGGGAGCCGCAGCUCAAGCUGCUCUACGUCACGCCCGAGAAGAUCAGCAGCUCGCCCAAGUUCCAGAACAUGCUGGACUCGCUCUACUCCAGGGGCAAGAUAGCUAGAUUUGUGAUAGACGAGGCGCACUGCGUGUCGCAGUGGGGACACGACUUCCGUCCGGACUACAAGCGGCUGUUCAUGCUGCGCGAGCGCUUCCCCGCCACGCCCGUCAUGGCGCUCACCGCCACCGCCACGCCGCGCGUACGCAUGGACAUACUGCAUCAGCUCAAGGUGACGAACUGCAAAUGGUUCCUGUGCAGCUUCAACCGGCCCAACCUGCAGUACAGGAUUUUGGAGAAGAAACCCAAGAGCAUCAACCAGGAAGUGGCCAAUAUCAUCAAGGAGAAAUUCUUCAGGGACUCCGGCAUAGUGUACUGCCUCUCUCGCAAGGAAUGUGACACGCUAAGCGGCGACCUUCGUAAAGUGGGCAUCCAGGCGGCUGCUUACCAUGCGGGGCUCAGUGACAAGAAGAGGGAGACGGUACAAGCGAGCUGGGUCGCCGAUAGGGUCAAAGUGAUCUGCGCCACGGUAGCGUUCGGCAUGGGCGUGGACAAGGCGGACGUGCGCUUCGUGAUCCACCACAGCAUGCCCAAAUCCGUGGAGGGCUACUACCAGGAGGCCGGUCGAGCAGGCAGGGACGGGGAGCCAGCCACGUGUGUGCUGUACUACUCCUACACUGAUGUCAUCCGGUAUAGGAGGCUUUUGGACAUGGAACGCAACACGACCCCGGAAGCGAAGCGGGUUCACAUCGAGAACCUGCUGCGGAUGGUGGAGGUGUGCGAGUCCGUGGUGGAGUGUCGCCGGUCGCAGGUGCUGCAGUACCUGGGGGAGAGCUUCCCUCGGGAGCUCUGUGUGCGCGCGCGCAACAGCGCCUGCGACAACUGUCUCAUGAAACAGAAUUAUAAGCCCGUGGACGUGACGGAGGAGUGCAAGUUGAUAGUGCGCACAGUGCGCGACGUGGCGGGUGCGGGGGCGGGGGCGGGGGCGGGGGCGGGGGCGGGGGCGGGGGGCGCGCGCUACACGCUGCUGCACGUGGCGGACGCGCUGCGCGGCUCAGCGCACGCGCGCCUCGCGCCGCUGCAGCAGACGCCCAUACACGGACGUUGUAAAGCGUGGCAACGCAACGACCCUCAGCGGCUGCUGCGUCAGAUGGUGGUCCGCGGGCUGCUGGCUGAGAAGCUGGUUGUCAGCAACGACAUCGCCAGCGCUUAUCUUAUACUGGGGCAUAAUGUUGACAAACUAAUGAACGGCGGUCAGAGGGUGUUGUUCCCGAUGAAGGUGUCGCAGAAGCCGAAGCUAACGGCGGCGCAGCCCGCGCCCGCGCGCGCGUCUGCCGUGGACGAGCUCGUGCGCCGGCUGGAGGACCGCUGCUACGCUGAUCUCGUCGAGGCUUGCAGAGAGAUGGCCCAGGCGCGCGGCGCCUCGCUGGGCGCGGUGCUGCCGCAGGCGGCGCUGCGGGCGCUGGCGCGGCGCCUGCCCGACGCUGAGCACGAGUUCCUCGCGCUGCCGCACGUCACGCGCGCCAACUACCACAAGUACGGCGUCAAGCUGCUGCAGAUCACCUCCGCCUAUGCCAUCGAGAAAAUGGGUCUCUUCAUGCAAUACCAGGACGAGCUGGAACAAGCGAAGCCCUCACCCAAGACGAGCGACUUCCACGAUGACGACGGAUCCGGAUCCGGAUCCGACACGGACUGGGGCCGCUUGGGCCGCAGUGCGGAUACCAGCACCACUUCUACUAGAGGGAGGAAAACUUAUAGAGGGGGCGUUAGAAAGAAGUUCCGUCGCAAGAAGGGCACUUCGUCAGCUAAGAAGAAGGCUAUCGCGAAGUCGUACAGCCGCGGGCGCGGCGCCGCCAGUGCUGGAAGGGGCGGAUCCAGCGCUGGAAGGGGCGCAUCCAGCGCUGGAUGGGGCGGAUCCAGCGCGGGCGGCUCCAAGGGCUUCGCUGGGCCGGGCAACAAGCUGGGCUGCAUGCCGCCGCCGCGGCCCGGCGUGGCCGCGAGCGCCGCGCGUCUGCUGUGACCGCACUGCCGCGGCUACACGCGGACCAUGUGACAACAUUAUCACGUAUCCUUCAAACGUCCCCCAUUCACGGAGCUCGUGUCAACUACUUGUACUUUAUCCGGGGACGUUAGUAAAAGCAAUUUUAUAGGAAGGCUUUUGUGAACUUAUACAUGUCAUGAUGGACGGUAUAGUGAAAUUAAUUUGAAUCACUCGUUGUCCAAAAGCGCAUGUGUAACAUAAAUGUAGGUCCGUCUAGAGAUUGACCAUUAAUGUGUGUUUUUUCCAAAAGUAAAGUAAAUGUACGUCUAAAAAUAUCACAUGACAAUCUACCUACUAAUAUUAAAAUAUCGAAGUCUUCUUGUGAAAUAGUAAUGUAUUAACAAACUUAUGAGAAUUGCUCGCUGGCCGAGCUAAAAAUAUGUUCACAUUUGUAUUCAUUUUGUAAUUUAUAAUACCUCUAAAACCAACCCAACGAAUAAUAUUAUAAUAAAUUUCAUUGAUUUUGAUUGUUAA